GAAAAGGAAUGAAAGAUCCUGGCGAUGUCAUGCCUGAAAUCUUUCCUGAUCAUCCAUCGGUCGUGUUGUGGAUACAAGAACAGAAGGCCCAACCCGGCGCGGUUACUGCUCCCUCAAACUACCAUCAAAUGCGUCCGUAGGAGCACUACCUUUCUCUUUUCAUCACCGGCAACGUGGUGGGCAUGGCGUCUGGGGUGCUGUACACCAAUCUUGAAAACUUUCGAGCGUACAAGAUACUGAUUGCUGCAAGUUAUUCCGGGGCGGAUGUGAAACUCCACGAGAAAUUUGUCUUAGGGGAGACAAACCGCUCUGAGAGCUUCUUGAGGAAGUUCCCUCUUGGGAAAGUUCCUGCAUUUGAAGCAAAGGAUGGGACUUGCAUCACUGAGAGCGAUGCCAUUGCUUACUAUGUUUCAAAUGAAGAACUGAGGGGAAAGGCUGUAUCUGAGCAAGCCCAGGUGAUCCAGUGGCUGAGUUUUGCUCAGCAUGAGAUAUACCCUUCAUCAUGCAUAUGGGUUUAUCCUUGUCUGGGCAUCAUUCAGUACAACAAGCAGGAGACUGAAGAUGCCAAAAAAGAGAUAAAGAGAGCAUUGGGAGUUCUUGACAAUCAUCUUCUCCACCGUACAUUCUUGGUCACAGAGAGGGUAUCCUUAGCUGAUGUUAUUGUGUGCUGCACUCUCUUGCAUCUCUACACACAUGUCUUGGAUCCAAAGUUUAGAGAAUCAUUCAAGAAUGUGACAAGGUGGUUCACUACUAUGGUGAAUCAACCCCAGGUGAAGAAGGUUAUUGGAGAGGUGACAUUGUGUCAGAAAAUGGCUGAGUUUGACAGUAAGAAAUUUGCAGAGAUGCAAGCUAAGAUGGGUGGUAGCAGUGGUGGUCAGGAUGCAGGUAAAGGGGGGAAAAAAGAAAAAGGGAAAGAUAAGACCUCAAAGAAAAGUGAAGGAGGAGGGGAAGGAGAGAAGAAGAAAACACAGAAAGCCAAGAAGAAGGAGGAGGAGGAAGAAGCCGAACCUUUGGAUGAGACAGAGUUGGCCUUAUCCCUAGAGCCGAAGAAGAAAGAUCCUUUUGAAGACUUCCCCAAGGGAACUUUUGUGAUGGAUGAUUUCAAGAGGGUUUACUCUAAUGAAGAUGAAUCCAAGUCCAUCCCUUACUUCUGGGAGAAAUUUGAUAAAGAGAACUACUCCAUAUGGAAAGGUGAUUACAACUAUAAUGAUGAACUUACUCAAGUCUUCAUGAGUUGCAAUCUCAUUUCAGGGAUGUACCAGCGCCUUGACAAGAUGAGGAAGCAUGCUUUUGCAUCAAUGUGCCUCUUUGGAGAAAACAACAACAGUACCAUCUCUGGUAUCUGGGUUUGGCGAGGCCAUGAAUUGGCCUUCAAGUUGUCAGAGGAUUGGCAAAUAGAUUAUGAAUCCUACUCCUGGACAAAAUUGGAUCCGGAUAAAGAAGAAACCAAGCAGCUGGUGAAGCAGUACUUCUCUUGGACUGGUACCGAUGCGGAUGGUCGACCAUUCAACCAAGGAAAAAUCUUCAAAUGAAUGUCUUCCUCCUGCCGUGGAAUCGUCAGAUUAAAAGAAAUUUGAAAUUGAUCAA